AGUGACAACUUCGCCAGUUGUGUUCACGACAGGCCAAGAUCGAGAAUUUUUCACUAAUUCAUCAAUGUCGGCAAACCAUCCAUCGACCAUGGACUUGAAUUCCGGGGAGCCAGCUUCCGGUAAGUCUUUGCGAGAAAUAGUGGUUACCAUGUUUAAAGAAUGGGGAGGGUGGGGGGAAUGUACGACAGAGUGACGAAGUGAAGGAACCCAACGACCAAAAACCCGAGUCACAAGUUCGCUUUCAAAUUGCUGGACACAAAGCCUGUCCCGCUCUACUGCUCAUAACUGUUCCUAACCUCGGGCAGCUCUCCCGCUAGAAUGGAUUACGUUGGAAAACUUUCCAACCUUAUAUCUUCGGUCAGCAAAGUCUAUAAUGAGCUGAAUCCAGCUACAUUAUCUGGUGCCAUCGACAUUGUCGUCGUUGAGCAACCUAAUGGGGAAUUAGCAUGUUCUCCGUUCCAUGUUCGAUUUGGCAAGUUGUCACUUCUCAUGCCUCAAGAAAAGAAGGUGCGAAUCACUGUCAAUGACGAACUUGUUCCUUUCGCUAUGAAAGUUGGAGAUGCUGGUGAAGCGUUCUUUGUGUUCGAGACCGAGCAUGAAGUGCCUGAAGAAUUUCAAACGUCUCCUUUGAUAUCGGCAGCAUCUGAUGAUGGAAGAAGUGAUGAGGAACCACCAUAUUUGGAUAUUGGAGCUUCUGACGAGCGUGACCAAGCUGUCAUUGACGAAGAGGACGCUGGAUACGUGAGCGCUCAUAGUGCAAGCGGUAGUGAAUUCGGGAACGAAUCGGAUGAUGAAUUCGAAAGCCAGCAAACCACCACCAUACCUCCCGAGUUGCAGUCGCCAAAAAUGAUCAUUGAAGAACAACUAGACAAAGUCGUCACCAAAAGAGAUCCAUAUCCUUCAGCAAAAGCUUUAGAGCAUGCUCUCGCAGAAGAAGUUGAUAUGGAGGAACGACGUUUGCGCCAAGAAGAAGAAAAAGAACACAGCAGUACCACGGACACAGAAGAAGCACCAAGACCAACAAGUCCUUUGCCGGAAAAUAACACUUAUCCUAUGGAUGACGGAUCUACCUUACUAGAACGUGUGUCUGCAGAAGCCAUCACAACAACCACUGUCACCAAAGAAACAUUCAUUGUACGACCAGCAGAUGGCGAUAUUUACAGUUUGCUCAUGGACGUGACACACAAUCUUCAUGACGAGCAAGACAAAAUAAAGAAUGAAUCAUCGGAAAAUGGAGCUUCUGGAGAAGAAACGGUCGAACGGCCCGCUCAGGCCGUCGGUGAUCAUGAAAGUAUGAUUUUGGAUAUUGCUGGUUACAAGAUUGAGGAGAACGAAGAAGAUUUGGAAGAUGAAACCGACGAGCAAGGUGGCAAAUCCGUCCAUAGAAACAGAAAACUUAGCCACAUCGACGACGAGACGAGAGAACGCUUAGCAGAACCUUCAGAAAGCGAGAAAGCUGAACAGGAGACUGGAGAAGAGCCCACCGCCGAAAAUGCUAAUACAAGUGCACAAGCUCCGGAGAGUUCACCAGCUAAAAACCCUCAACAGCUGCAUGAACCUACCCGAUCAUCUCGUGAACGUAGCGCAUCCAUGCCACUCCCUUUGGAUGAAAUUGCUGCCAUGACCAGCGAGAAGGAUGCCAUGGCAAUAGACAUACCAGGCGCAUCAAAAAUGGAUUUUGAACCAAAGAGUGACUCAGAAAUGGAAUAUGGAGAUGUCAUUCCAUCCGCCAAAAAGCAAGACUCUGAAUGGUCUUGGGGAUGGGGCUCGCUACCCAAACGCCAGGAAAAAGAUGCAAGGUUGCCUGCCAGAUCGAGUGAUGACCUCGAUGUCAAUUUCAGUAGACUUUCAAUUGAUAAUGAUGAUGCACAAGAGCCUCUCAAGCAAGAGCCUACACCGUCUCAGAAUGUCUCCUCCAUGGAAGAAAUCCGACUCAAGCCAGGAAGAAAUUAUCGCAUUGAAAUGAGUUUAUGUGGAGCGUCCGCUUUAGGAGUCGACCCUGAGCAAUGCAGGACCGUUUUUGCCAAACAUCAAAUAUCUUACGACGCUUUUGUGCACAACCCCAAUAUUCUCAAUGACCCCAAACUGGUCUUCAAGCAUGAAGGUCGAUACUAUAAGCACAUUGGUCCAGAAGCGCCGCUGUUCACUUCUAUGCUUUUGCUUCCUCAGCCUCUUGCUGCGCUGACCGACGAGGAAGGCAAGCAAGCUCAAACGUUAUCUGACAGUCGUGACAGUUACUCCUUCGGCCGUGGUUGGAGACAAUGGUGGAGCAGAUCAUCGGUAGCAUCACCUGCUACCGGAAGGUUGGACGGGGAAGAAGGAGGCACCGUGGACGAUACUGAAGAUGUUCCUGAUAAGGAGCAUCAUGCCGACGAGGAGAAUGAUGAUAACAAUCACUCCAAUGGUCAAACAACCACGUUUACUAAAACGACGACGACCACUUCAGUCGGUUGGUCGGCUCAGCAUUCUCAUGGAGAUGGAGAUGCUCCUGCUGACUCGGGCGUGCAUCAUAAGAAUUAUGCUAAAACCCUACGUUUGACAUCCGACCAGCUACAAUCGCUCAAGCUCAAGAAAGGAGUCAAUACCAUCUCAUUUUCGGUCAAUUCAUCCUAUCAAGGCACAGCUACAUGUGUGGCCAAAAUAUUUUAUUGGCACCAUAAUACGCAAGUCGUUAUCAGUGACAUUGACGGGACCAUCACCAAGAGCGAUGCGCUUGGCCACGUGUUCACGAUGAUAGGCAAAGAUUGGACCCAUAAUGGCGUUGCAAAACUUUACACUGAUAUUCAUAAUAAUGGUUAUCAACUGCUAUAUCUGACAUCUAGAGCUAUCGGUCAGGCAGAUUAUACAAGGGAGUACCUCAAGAAGGUGGAGCAAGAUAGGUAUCAAUUACCUGAUGGCCCAGUUAUUAUGUCCCCGGAUCGACUAUUUACAUCGUUCCAUCGAGAGGUGAUCAUGCGCAAACCUGAAGUGUUCAAGAUGGCCUGUCUUCGAGAUGUACAAAGGCUGUUUUCAGGUGCUAACCCAUUUUACGCUGGUUUUGGCAACAGAAUCACGGAUGCCAUGUCAUAUCGCAGUGUGAAUGUCCCAGCUUCCCGAAUUUUCACUAUCGAUCCUCAAGGCGACAUUAAGCUUGAACUUUUGAGUGGCUACAAAUCUUCCUAUAUCCACCUGAAUGAUUUGGUUGAUCAAAUUUUCCCACCCAUACAAAAAGUCAUAGCAAGUGAGUUCAACGACUGGAACUUUUGGAAACAACCCCUCCCGCAUGUAGACCUCCCGAAGCUGCCCGAACCUAUACCCUCGACUAGUACCUCUCCCAAACCCAAGCCCAUUACGCCUAACCCUUCCUCUGUGCCGGUAUCACCGCCUUUGUAUGCACUGCCUGAACCAAAACCAUCCCGUAGCAUUCUCAGAAGUUUCACGUCACGCUCUCAGGAUGCAUCCAAGGAGAAAGCAGGAAAGUUGACUAGCUAUAGAAGCUCUCCGUCGUUAUUAUCAUCUUCCCGGUCAGACCACGAUGAAGGAAAGCAUCGAGAUAGUGCUAGCUCAGAUAGUUUGGCAAAUGAUCAGCAUGCAUCCGCCGCCAUGGAGAACGCUGAGUCUUCUAACGGAGAUAACUUGGAGACUGAUAAUGCAACUUCAUCUACACUGUCUCAGUCCCCGUCAUCCACCUCUGGGUUGAUGAAACAAGUCAUCACCGGAAGAGUUGGCGGCCUAAGAGAUACCAUUUCACGUACACUCUCACGAGACUCUCGAAGAUCCAAUCUAUCUAGUGAGGAUCUUCACGAAGACGAACCUAGUCAGGGUACAGAAACGGGGUUAAAUGAAAUACCGGAUGAUGACCUCGCUGACGAUAUUGAUAUGGACAGCAUUCCCUUCUUGUAAUUUCAAACAUGAUAGCCAACGUAUUUCUUUCCAUCUGUACGCGUUUUGUCUCUCAACCUUCUUGUUAUUUCUUGAAAUGUAGAUAUUUUUUCUAUUUUCUUGAUAUUCCCGUUUCCAGCUCUCAAUGCCUCCAAAAAAUAAUACUGUCAUUUUUCUAAUUUCUUUCAUUCAUUCUUUCAUGAAAUAAAUUUUAAUAUAGCUCAUGA